UGGCUUUGACGUCAUCACGCGCUCCCUCCGGUUGCCACGGCAACCCAUCUCCUUCACCCCCCCUUAUCAUCCCUACGCUGGUAGGAUCCAUAAUGGAACAAGCAGCAUCCUGCAGCACAAUGGUCGCAGGACGGUGAGCGCGCAGUGAUUCAGCAUCGCAAAACAGGCUUUAACAUUUCUCUUUUACUUCGUCUGCUUUAUUUCUUUGCAACCGUUUGUUUCGUCCUUGACUUGAUCUUUAAAAUCGUCGCUUGCCGGAAUGUUUUGAACAGGACUUGACUGUCACCGGACAGGGAUCGGCGGGCAUCUGGCACGGAAUGGUAUUUAUGAACAGACAUUUCUUAUAUAACUGCAGUGCUCCAGUCCUGGAUGUGAAGAUAGCCUUUUGUCAGGUGUGUGUUCCAUACAGGUAAAUUAAAAGGGGUUUGGCAAACAAGUUGAUGUUUCUUACAUUGCCCAGCAUUACAACAUGAGUAAAAGCAAAGUGGACAACCAGUUCUACAGCGUGGAAGUAGGAGAUUCCACCUUCACGGUUCUCAAACGAUACCAAAAUCUAAAGCCCAUCGGUUCUGGGGCUCAGGGAAUAGUGUGUGCUGGAUACGAUGCAGUCCUGGACAGAAAUGUGGCUAUUAAGAAACUCAGUAGACCCUUUCAGAACCAGACUCAUGCCAAAAGAGCAUACAGGGAGCUGGUGCUUAUGAAAUGUGUCAAUCACAAAAACAUCAUCAGCUUAUUAAACGUCUUCACACCACAGAAGUCUUUAGAGGAAUUUCAAGAUGUAUAUCUGGUUAUGGAGUUGAUGGAUGCAAACCUUUGCCAGGUGAUUCAAAUGGAGUUGGACCAUGAACGAAUGUCCUAUCUUCUCUAUCAGAUGCUUUGUGGAAUCAAACACCUGCAUUCAGCUGGUAUCAUACACAGGGAUCUGAAACCUAGCAAUAUUGUGGUGAAAUCUGAUUGUACACUGAAGAUCUUGGACUUUGGGCUGGCGAGGACUGCGGGCACUAGCUUUAUGAUGACACCUUACGUGGUGACGCGAUACUACAGGGCUCCAGAAGUCAUUCUGGGCAUGGGCUAUAAGGAAAACGUGGAUAUUUGGUCAGUUGGUUGCAUCAUGGGAGAAAUGGUGCGCCACAAAAUCCUCUUUCCCGGCAGGGACUAUAUCGACCAAUGGAAUAAGGUUAUAGAGCAGCUUGGCACACCCUCUCCUGAGUUCAUGAAGAAACUGCAGCCAACUGUGCGUAACUACGUGGAAAAUAGGCCAAAAUACGCUGGCUUGACUUUUCCGAAACUCUUUCCUGAUUGCCUCUUCCCUGCAGACUCAGAGCACAACAAACUCAAAGCAAGUCAGGCUAGAGAUCUGUUGUCUAAGAUGCUGAUCAUUGAUCCGGCCAAGCGGAUAUCAGUGGACGAGGCCCUGCAGCAUCCUUACAUCAAUGUGUGGUACGACCCGGCCGAAGUGGAGGCAGCCAGGAAUCAGCACAUAUCUAUGCCUCCUCCACAGAUCUAUGAUAAACAGCUAGAUGAGAGGGAACAUUCGAUUGAUGAAUGGAAAGAGCUCAUCUAUAAAGAGGUGAUGAACUUUGAAGAGAGAACUAAGAAUGGUGUUGUGAAGGGACAGCCCUCUCCCUCAGGUGCAGCCGUGAAUAGCAGCGAGAGCCUCCCUCCCUCCUCAUCCGUCAACGAUAUCUCCUCCAUGUCCACCGACCAGACCUUGGCCUCCGACACCGACAGCAGCCUGGAGACCUCCGCAGGACCGCUGGGGUGCUGCAGGUGACUAACCGCCUGUCUGCGCAACCCCAUGUUCUUCAGAAGAUGAACCUGACCGAAAUCCACAAAUGUCUCUCAAAGAAUCUCAUUAUGAAAAAAUGUGGGUUGAAAAAAAAAAUAAAUAAAUAUACGCGUAAAA